AUGUCAAAUAGCAAAAUGCAAAAUGAUACCCUUCGUGUUUUGGGAAGCAAUCCGUUUGAGAACAUUACGGCCAAGACGCGUCUAAGGCAACUUUUGCAAACCCACCAGGGUAGAGACAAAUUGUUUAAAGUGGUGCAAUACUUUCUUAGGAUAAAACUUUGGAUGGACUCCGUCAGUUACAACCAAAAUUAUCUUCCGGGCGCAGAAUUCACUGCUGUUGAAAGAAAUUUGAUGACCAUUGUGAACACCCGAAGGCUGUUUCGAGUGGGACGUUUUGUUGGGGAAUUUGUUAGAAUGAGGUUGACGUUGAUCAAGUGCUCAGAACUUGUUUACAUUCCAGUUCAUGGAGGACAGUGGAUUGCGCUCUUCAUUCAAUGUCAGAUGAUUUGUGAUAUGUUUGCCCGAGCUCUCAUGUGUGUAAAGUCCUUGUGCGAAGAUGUAGCCUUCCUUACCCAAAAGGGCUUUUUUAAUAGCCAGGUGGCAGACCAACUUAUUAGUGUGUCUAUUCGAUGUGCACUUCCUGUCUUCUUGAUUGAUCUAUUUCUAAACACACUCCGGUUGUUGCAGGGAAUCCGCGACGCGUCACAGAAGCCGGCCAAAAAGGAACUGUUGCUUUCAAUGGAAACCUUUUCGCUUUUGUCUAGGUACGAUCAUGUUGAUAAGCUGCGGCGACGUAUGAGCAAAUCCAAUCCCUUGGGCAAAGGGAAGGUGGAUGAUGAUGAUGAUGAUGAGGAGGAGGAGGAAGUACAAAUGUUAGAAGUGGGGGAAGAAAAUGAGAUUAUAGUGAACUCUUAUCAAGAGCUUCUUUGGAAAGACUUUGAGUUGCACUGGAUUUUUGUUACAGAGCUCAAGUUGCUUCUUGACCUUUUUGUAGCCUUGUCAAACCUGAACCAGUGGAAGGGUGUCGGGGGUCUAGUUAGUGUAGGAGGCCUAUUCUCUGGUCUUUUAUCCGUUUACAGGGUCUGGACCUAUGGACGUUGA